AUGUCGGUAUCAGAGGACAAAAUAUCAGUAUACUCGGUGGCUGACCUCAAAAAUACCAGCGAUGACGCCCUCCCAGCCUACCUCAAUAGUCUCUCCUUCGCUCAAUCCCAUACCCUAACCGACAUCCGUCUCGCCCUGGGGUACAGCGCAUUUUUUGUUUGCGCCGCAACCUUCUACUGGGACUACACCUGGGGUUUCGACAACACCAAGCAGUACACCCUUAUCGCUGUCAUCAUUUACACACUCCUCAAUUCCGCCCUCACAUACUGGAUCUGGGGCGUGGAGAGCGGUACCGUGUAUGCUGGCAAACAUAAGAAAACAGGCGAGAAGAUACAGAUUCGCAGUAAAACGUACAAACACGUACCGAAUUACCAUUUAACUAUUACGACGACUUCACGCGAUGGAAAAAGCACGACAAAGCACUUGUGCAAGGCAUUUAAGGGGUGGUUCGAUGUCCAGGGCCACUUCAUUGCGAAGCCUUUCCAGCAGAUGUUGGCGGGCAGUGUGGAUGUAAUCGGCAGGGCGGAUCCUAAGAAUGCUAAGGCUGCAAAUGAGGGCAAGCCCGAGAAGAAGCCAAAGGUUGAGGAUAACAGGAGUAUGGAUGAUAAGUGGGCGAGUUUGUUGGCCGAGAGUUCGGGCACUCGAGAGCAGGAUUCGAGUGCUGCUAGUACGGCGACUCCCGGGAAAGGGGGCAAGAAACGGGGGAAGAAGGCUUAG